AUGGGUUUUCAUAUCGUGUACGGGGCACCAACCCACCAGGCUGCGGAUGCCAACUGCGAAGCAUUGAUCAAGCUCAUGGAGACUUCGAACGUCAAAUGUCGUCUCCUGAGAGUGUAUCGACCAGGAACGGAACUACGAGAGGUCCUGUCUGAGUCCAGGUCUGAGGCAACAGCUGAGACGACGGAGCUUGUGUCAGAACCAGAGGAAACAGCUAUGUUGAUUGAAGCUCAGCUAUGUAUGCUUCGCAUCGUGAAAGAAAUAGUUGCUGCAGAAUGUACCAGGUACUAUGGGCUCCCGCAACUGUCUCUGGAGUAUCAAGUACUCCGCGAGAUCGAAGCAGCCGAACAAGAGGCGCGUACACUGAUUGGCCGAUACCCAUCGGAAGGACAAAAGGCUCUCUCAGAGGCCCUGGCUGUUUUCGAAGAUGUCUCCGAAUUGAAGGGACCCGAAGUAGACAUGUUCGCCAAACUUCGAUGGCGUCUGCAACGAAUGAGGGGAAACCAUAAAGUGAAUCGCCUACAGAAAGGCGAUCUGUGA